CUGAAGGUGAGAGAGGGGCCUGCCACUGCACUUGCCAGCUGUGAGCCAGGCUUCUGGCUGAGAGAUGCUCCCCCUGUGGGAGUGCACUGACCACCAGGGGGUAGCUCCUGCACUGAGCACCUGCCCCCUAGUGGUCAGUGUGAGUCAUAAUGACUGGUCGUUCCACCCUUUGGUCAACAGGCAUAUUAGCCUUUUAUUAUAUAGGAUAUAUGAUUGAUUUCAGGAAGGAAGGGAGAGGAAGAGAAAGAUGGAAACAUCAAUGAUGAGAGAAUCAUCGAUAGGCGCCGUCCUCCUGCAUGCCCCAUACCGGGACUGAGCCCAAAACCUGGGCAUAUGCCCCUACCCGGAAUCAAACAAUGAUCUCCUGCUUCAUAGGUCAAAGCUCAACCACCAAACCACACCGGCCGAGCUUGAUAACUAUCUUUACAAUUUUUUUCUCUGUGACUACAUUUACAUAUAGGUCCUACUAAAGUUUUAAAAAUCCAGCCCUUGAUUCCACUUCAUAGAAGCACACCUCUAAGUUGAGAAAAACUGCUGUUAUUCCCAUAGAAACCCUAAAUGCAGAAAUUUACUUAGGGUGAAAACUUUGAUAUUCCUCUCUGUCAGAUAGGUUAAUGUCAGUAUGCCUUUUUUGGAAUAAGAAGUUAAGUAACAUAAAAAAGCUUGUGGUUAUUUGUGCAAUGAUAGGGGAAAGCUUACACAAGAAUGUCAUUCUCAAGAGAAGUGCCAGGAGAUUUCUCCUUUUCCAGCGCUUAGGGUAAACUGGCUUUCUAGAAUUUGUGACCACAAGCUGUGGCCGUGUGUGUGCCAGUGGGAGGCUGUGGCUCUUUGUGUUCGGGAAAUGGCCUGUGCAUCACUAGUGGAGCGGACAGACGGUGGUGAUGCGUUUGCUCUGUGCUAACCUUGCCCAGGACUCUGGUGACAGAGAGUAUGCAUUUGUUAGAAGUCUGCCGGGAUCCAAGAUACACAUGUUUUACAGAAUGAGGAUAAGUUUAAAGAAGGAGGAAGUGAAUAUUGGGAUUAUCUUUGAACAGUCCAUUUGGAAAUAAUACUGUCUAUUGAGCUAUAGAAGGCUGGAAAGCUUUUAUUCAGAACAAUGAACUUCAUUAAGGAGAACAGUCAGGCCCUCAUUCAAAGGAUGGGAAUGACUAUUAUAAAGCAAGUUGUGGACGAGCUCUUUGUGAUGAAGGUUCUGAAUUUUGAAGAAGUAAGCACCAUUUGCUGCGAGAAGGUCGAACAGGAUGCUGCCAGAGGGAUCGUACACAUGAUUUUGAAGAAGGGUUCGGAAGCCUGUAACCUCUUUCUUAAAUUCCUUGAAAAGUGGGACUAUUCUCUGUUUCAGGACUUGAAUGGACAAAGCCUUUUUCAUCAGAUGUCAGAAGGAGACUUGGAUUAUUUGGCUCAAGAUUUAAAGGAUUUAUACCACUCCCCAUAUUUUCUGAACUUCUAUCCCCUGGGUGAAGAUAUUGACAUUAUUUUUAAUUUGAAAAGCACCUUCACGGAACCCGUUCUCUGGAGGAAGGACCAACACCAUCACCGUCUGGACCAGCUGACCCUGAGUGGCCUGCUGGACACUCUUCAGAGCCCCUGCAUCAUCGAAGGGGAGUCGGGCAAAGGGAAGACCACUCUGCUACAGCGAAUCGCCAUGCUCUGGGCCUCGGGAAAGUGCGGGGCCCUGACCAAGUUCAAGUUAGUCUUCUUUCUCCGUCUGAGCAGGGCCCAGGGUGGACUCUUUGAAACCUUGUGUGACCAACUCCUGGAGAUCCCCGACACCAUCCGAAAGCAGACGUUCAUGGCCAUGCUGCUAAGGCUCCGGCAGAGGGUUCUUUUCCUCCUGGACGGCUACAACGAGUUCAAGGCCCAGAACUGCCCCGACAUCGAAGCCCUCAUCAAGGAAAACCACCGCUUCAAGAACAUGGUCAUGGUCACCACCACCACCGAGAGCCUGAAGCGCAUCAGGCAGUUUGGGGCCCUGACCGCCGAGGUGGGGGACAUGACGGAGGAGAGUGCACAGGCUCUCAUCCGGGAGGUGCUGGUCAGGGAGCACGCGGAGGGCUUGCUGCUGCAGAUUCAGCAGUCCCGGUGCAUGCGGAAUCUGAUGAAGACCCCCCUCUUUGUGGUCAUCACGUGUGCCAUCCAGAUGGGAGAAAGCGAGUUCCACUCCCACACGCAGACCACGCUGUUCUGCACCUUCUAUGACCUGCUGGUGCAAAAAAACAAGCACAGGCAGAAAGGGGCGGCUGCCGGCGACCUCGCUCGGAGCCUGGACCACUGCGGAGACCUGGCCCUGGAGGGCGUGUUCAACCGCAGGUUCGAUUUCGAACCGAAGGAUGUGUGCGGCGUGCACGAGGAUGUCCUGCUGACCACGGGCCUCCUCUGCAAAUACACGGCCCAACGGUUCAAGCCCACGUACAAGUUCUUCCACCAGGCAUUCCAGGAGUACGUAGCGGGACGCCGGCUCAGCCGCCUGUUGGCCUCCCGGGAACCGGAGGAGGUGGCCCGGGGGAAGGGUCACUUGCAGAAAAUGGUUUCCAUCUCAGACAUCACAUCCAAGUACAGCAACCUGCUCCUGUACACGUGCGGGUCGUCGGCCGAAGCCGCCAGGACUGUCCUGAAGCACCUGGCGGCCGUGUGUCGCCACGGCAGCCUGCCCAGCAUCCCCGUCCCCAGGAGGCCUCUCUGGAGGCAGGAGUCCAUGCAACACGAGAAAAGCACCACCGUGCGGGACAUGCUGCAGGCCAUCAACAUCAGUUCCUUCACAGAGUGCGGCAUCAACCUAUUCCACGAGAGCGCGUCCGAGGCGGACCUGAGUGAAGAGUUUGAAGCUUUCUUUCGCGGCAAAAGCUUGUACAUCCACUCGGAGAACAUCCCCGACUACUUGUUUGACUUCUUUGAGCGCUUGCCUAACUGUGCGAGCGCCCUGGACGUGGUGAAGCUGGACUUCUACGGGGGAGCCUCGGCCUCAAGGGACCAGCCCCCCGAGGGCACGAGCAGGCCCCCCGGGGGAGAGGCCUCCGGCACCUACAUCCCCGGCAGGGCCGUGUCUUUGUUCUUCAACUGGAAGCAGGAGUUCAAGGCUCUGGAGGUCACCCUCCGGGAUUUCAGCAAGCUGACGACGCAGGACAUCAAAUACCUGGGGAAGAUCUUCAGCUCGGCCGCCAGCCUCCGGCUGUCCGUGAAGAGGUGUGCCGGGGUGGCCGGCAGCCUCCGCUCCGUCCUCAGCACCUGCAAGCACAUUCACUCCCUCGCGGUGGAUUCCAGUCCCCUCGCCACCGAGGACGAGCAGCACAUCACCUCCGUGGCAAACCUGAAAACACUGAGCAUUCGCAACCUCCGGACUCCGCGGCUGCCAGGUGGUCUGACAGACAGCUUGGGUAAUUUGAAGAAUCUUAUGAAGCUUAUGCUGGAUAACAUUAAGAUGAAUGAGGAAGAUGCUAUAAAACUAGCUGAAGGUCUGACAAACCUUAAGAAUAUGUGUUUACUUCGCUUGACCCACUUGUCUGACAUUGGGGAGGGAAUGGAUUAUAUAGCCAAGUCUUUGUCAGCCGAACCCUGUGACCUUGAGGAAAUCCAAUUAGUCUCCUGCUGCCUGACCGCAAGGGCUGUGAAGACCCUAGCUCAGAAUCUUCACAAUUUGGCCAAACUGAGCAUUCUUGAUUUAUCUGAGAAUCACCUGGAAGAGGAUGGAAAUGAAGCUCUCCGCGCACUGAUUGACAGGCUGCACGUGCUGGAACAGCUCAGCGUGCUGAUGCUGCCCUGGGGUAGCGAUGUGCGGGUCAGUCUGGCCAGGCUGUUGGAACAGCUGGAGGGCGCCCCACAACUCACCAAACUUGGGCUGAAGAACUGGAGGCUCACCGAUGCAGAGAUUAGAAUUCUAGGUGCAUUUUUUGAAAAGAACCCUCUGAAAAACUUCCAGCAGCUGGAUUUGACAGGAAAUUGUGUGAGCAGUGAUGGAUGGCUUACCUUCAUGGGUGUAUUUGAAAAUCUUAAGCAAUUAGUGUUUUUUGACUUCAGUACUGAGAGAUUUUUACCCGAUGCAGCAUUAGUCAGAAAACUUGGCCAUGCGUUAUCAAAGUUAACUUUUUUGCAAGAAGCUAGGCUUGUUGGGUGGCAAUUUGAUGAUGACGAUGUUAGUGUUAUUAAAGGUUCUUUUAAACUAGUAACUGCUUAAGCAAAGGGCAACCUGAGCCCAUGAAUGCACUGGGGAACUCCAUUACUUUCAGCCUGGUGUUUUAAAAAUCUCUGCUCAUAUAGUCCAAAGGUUGGCAAAUAUAUGGCAAUCUAUUAUGCACCUAAAAAUUAUCCUUGUCAGCAGUGUUUGUCCUGUUUUUGUUGGUUUGUUUGUUUUUUUUACAAAGAAGUGAGAGGGAUAGUUAGAAACAUCGAUCAGCUGCCUCCUGCACACCCCCUACUGGGAAUGUGCCCGAACCAAGGUACAUGCCCUUGACAAGAAUCGGCAACGCUCUAUCCACUGAGCCAAACCGGUCAGAGCUCAACUCGCCCCUUCCAAAUUGCCUCUUCCUUUACUGAUAUCAGGAUGAUGUGUGGCAUCAAAAUUUCCUUAGCUGGCCUCUUGCAUAGAAAUCUUUCUUAUUUUCACCAUUC